AUGAGUUUCGAAACUCUUCAAAAUGAGCCAGGGAUAGCCCAAGCCUGGUUGAUGGCUACUGUCGGUCCAAAAGUACACCAAAGACUGCUUCGUAAAACUAUCACAGAGAUUUCUAUCCCCAAAAUCUGCGGAGCAAUGCAGACCCAUACAACUUUGCUGCUUCGCGUUAGUUCAAGUCUUCUUUAUGGGGUUUCAUUGCUAUACAAGCAAAAAGUCGGUUUUAUGGCUACCGAUUUGUGUUCUGUCUUCGAUAGACUCUCGUUCCAAAGCUUUGAUAAGCCAACAAAAGUAGUCGGCACUGAGGAUCAAACAAAGAAACGAAGAUGCCAUUAUCUCACUGAUGAUCCUUUAUUCAGUAUGGAGGCUGAUUUUGUCAACGAGUGGAAGGAUGGUGAGGCAAGCAGCACAGAUUACUUGAGUGAUGUUUUAGCUAUUCAGGAAAUGGAUCGCUACUUGAACGAGCCAAAAACUCCAAGGGAAGUUGGUGAGAAUGAGAAAGCUAAUUUAACUCUCGAGACCAACUUGGACUUCGGCUUUGAAUUCGAUGGCGACGGAAAUGUCUUGACUACCGGGUAUAACGGAGUGGAUAUCCUGGCAAAUCUUCUUGAAGAUUUGAAUUUCGACGAAGAUUUCAGUGCAUCUGCUGGCAACGUCGUAGAAGAUUUGUCCAAGUCUGUAAAUUCUUUGAGCUAUGGUGCUACUACCUUGAAUGCAGCAGAGGCCACUAUCACCACAAAUCCCUCCAAGCACAAAAUUAAUAAGAAGCGUUUCAAAAUUGACCCGGUGACCAUUUUGAAUCCAUUUCCCAACUCUGCAAGUAGUUGCAACUAUAUCCCAAGGAAGAUCAGCCUUCAGACGUCGGUGAGAGAAAUUGUUGCGACUGAAAGCACAAAUCGUCCUCAGUUUGUUAAUCUAUGCUACAGAUUGGCUCUCGGAGCACAAGCUGCAGACUUGAUCUCACCUGACGCAUUACCUCUGAAGCAGAGACACCCUAGCGCUACCAAUAUCGAAUCAUUUCUUCAAGAAAUUGACGAUAUUGAGCGUGGUCGAGAUGCUGCUAUCGCACGCCGAAGUCUGAGUUUUAUGGAAGAUGCAUUGGAACGAAUGGGCAUAGAUCCAGAUGACAGCUUAGGAAUUGACUAUGGCUUAGACCCAAUUUCACCAAUGGCAGACGACUACGAUGAUGACAAAUUUCCACCAACGGAGCACGAUUCAGAAUUCGUGCGCAAGCUUGAAGGUUUUAAGGAAUACCUUCAGGAAAGAGCGCUAGUGCUUUCCACUGGUGAACCGCUGCAGCUGUGGAUGACAUUCACACAACUCGUUCCUGAUAAGAGUAGCAAAAUCGAAGACGCAGUCUCCGUUAGCCUUGCAGCUCAAUCUUUUGCGUUUCUUCUUGAACUUGCUACUAAUGGUAGCCUCGAAUUGAAAGCCGAUAGGCAACUGGAUCGCCAUGGCAGAAAUACAGAGGUAAUCAACAUUAGAUUAUGUAUGUCAUAG